AGGGCAAGAGUUUGGGGAGAUAGCAUUAAAGUAUGAAUGAUGACGACAAGACGGGAAAGAACGCUGAAAGAAGUAGCUGGAGUGCAAUAACGUUAAACGCACACGAAACUUGGGGGUGUGUGGCUUCGGGCAGAGGGUCACAUAACUGCGUUUACCGGAGGCCCAGCAUUCAUCUAAGCGCCAGCGGGGACAACCAUGGAAACUCGCAAUUGUAGUUACGUAUAAAUAGGGAAAGGAAGCAGGGCAGAGAUUCACCGGGCCGCUGCGGUCUAAGAUUGGAACUUCUGAAAACUUUAUUUUCUCGUGUUCCUCUAUUUUGCGGGAUACUGAGGGGUUUCUACAUUUUGCAGAAUGCGAGCUUAACUUUUGAGAUAUAGAUUCACCUGAUGAAUCAUUAUCUUGUAAAUUGAGCAACUCAUAAAAAGUCAAAGUGCAGAAGCAAUGGGAGACAGUAGAGAGUGCAAUCAGAUGGGUUCUUCGGAAAAUAUGGAUGAUGAUAGUGGUCUUGAGCUCAGCUUGGGUCUAUCUUGUGGAGGGUUUGGCUGUAAAACAAAGGUUAAAGAUGCUGUGAAGGAGAUCUAUUCAGAACAGGGAGCUGGCGACCAAGUAAAAAGUGGAAAAAAUAGUGGAGAUACAUUUGUAAAAGUUGACCUUUGUGCUAACACUGCCAAAGAGGAUAAUGCAGUUAAGCAAUCAAAUGAGCCAGUUCCUCCAGUACAAGAGAGUUUUUGGAUGAAUCUUGGAAAGGCUACGGCAAAAGAAACUGAGAAUUCAACAGAAAUGCAUGCGAAUCAAGUCCAGUUUCCAGGUUUUAGAGAGCCAUGGUUCACAGGGGAAACUUCUAUACAGGGACAAAAAUCAUCUGCAGACACAGAGAAAGCUAAAAGAGAUAAGCAAGAUAGAAUGACAAUAUUUAACCAGCAACAGGAAGUACAGGAACCGGAAAUCACAAGAGAGUCAGCUGAAGAAAAGUGGCAGGAGGCAAGGAAAAAGCGGAAAAUGACUGUCGAGGAACAGAAGCAACAGACUAAAGGUGAUAAAGAAGAUGAUAGGGAUGAUCCACAUUGUAAGUCCAAAUCAGGAAUUCCUUCUCAAUUGAAAAGUUCUCCCAUUUCUGCAAACACACAGGAUGCUUCCUCAUCUGAGAAUGAAGACACUGCAGAUUCUGAAGUAGAGGCUUCUAUGUUGAGGACAGUAUCUCCUAUCGUAAAGUACAACAUGAAACAACCCAUGCCUUCAGUAAGUGAAGUUUCAGAUAAAAAUGAAAAUCAAAUGCCUAUUACAAGGACCAUGGUAAUUGGAAGUGACAUAAAUAAAGAACAUAACAGUACAUCAUUUAUGCCACCUGUUGCCAUAGCAAGCACACCACUUCCUUACUCUCUUCCAUCCUUUAAUGUGGGGCAUGCACCUUACUCUCAUUCCUUUCAGGUGGCUAAUAAUCCCAGUGUUGCAUUUUCAGCUGGGUUCUCAUUGCCAUACCUUAUGCAAUUUGCACCACCAACAGUAAAUGGACCAGAUAGAUCUACUGUUCAUCCUGUGAAUUCCACUGGUGUUCAGCUACCUCCUAAUUAUUCACCAUACCAACUUCCAGCCCUUGAAACAUCACCAUCUUGGGUGUCAGUUUCACAUUCUCAUCAACCUCUUAUGUUUGGAUCAAAAACCAUUGGAGGCACAAGGAAGUCUUCAGAGCAUGCAGAUGAUGAGUCGAAGAUUUCUCAAGCUGCAAGUCAGGCAUCUCAGGUUUCUUUAGGUGUAAUAUCAGCAACUGGUGAAAGAACACUCCCGGACAACCAAAAGCCAGAGUCAGCAAAUCCAUUAAUGAAAAAUGAAAGACAAUCUGAAAGAACAUGUUCAGAUAGAGGGACAUCCUUAUCUUCAAAGGCUGUAGAUGAUGAUGGAAAGCAUGGAGUUGCUUGGUCUAAGGAUCACACCAACCAUCUUCCAAUGGCAGAUGGUCUUUCUCAAGAAGUUUGGAAUUUAAGGCCAGGGAUAGCUCCAGGACUGAAAUUUGGUGGUACUGGUAAUUCACCUGACUUGCCGUGGGUAUCUACGACUGGAAUAGGUUCAAACGGAAAGACCAUUUCUGGUGUGAUGUAUAGGUAUAAUAAAAAUCAAGUUAGAAUUGUGUGUGCCUGCCACGGAAGGCACAUGUCACCUACUGAGUUCGUACAACAUGGAAAUGAUGCAGACGUUUCAAAUUCGGAUAACAAUGCGGUGGCUAAUUCGUUCCCUAGUGGCAAUCAGGCAACAUCUGCUCAAGGUUGAAAUUGUGUAUUAGCAAUCACCCAAAAAUGGACAUGGCACUGCAUGGCUAGGAAAGUUGCUUUCGGUACUCUUCUCUUUUGAUACCAAAAUUAGUAUUUUGCAUGUUCACAUGUGAUUUGAAGCCGCUAACACAACUUACCUAAAAACACUAUGUUGCGGUUGUAAAUAAUAUUUAUUUAGAACAAUAACCAGAUACAUAACCACAUUGCUUUCA